AUGUAUGUCGCUCUCUUAGCGUCGCGGUCCUUUGACUGCGACCGAGAUGAAACCCAGCAACUGCAGGAACUUUUUCACCAAGCAUUGCGGUGGUCUUCACGCGUCGAGGCGGAAGGCGGCGCUAAUGACGCAGACUUCGGGGAUGAGGAUAAGCGUAUGGAGGAGCUUCGAGCGAAUAACCCUGGCCGUGUAACGAUGUUCAAGCCAGCUGUAGUGGGUCGCGGCGGAACCGGAAAAAAGUUCGGCGAUAACAAAAACAUCCGCCAGACGACAACGGG